GAAUAUCAGAGAGCUUUUGAGUCGGCAGUUUUACGAAUUAACAGCGAAAACAAAAGUAAUUUUAAAUUAUUACCGAUGAUAAAGAAGUUAUCCUCCUACGAUGGUCCUAUUGCAUUGAAAAGAGAAGCAUGUAAUUUGAUUGAUGAUGGCGUUGAAGCUAUUUUUGGACCAAGUUCACAAGCAGAGAGCGUGGCCGUUAUAUGUAACAACACUGGCAUCCCACAUAUUCUUUUUGAUUAUGGGAUCGAAGAGAAUUAUUCGCAUAAAUACAAACAUCAAAUGACUCUCAAUGUAUUUCCUUCACCAUCAAUUUUAUCAAAAGCAUAUGCAGACAUUGUAAAUAGUUUUGGAUGGAAAAAGUUUACCAUUGUUUACGAUGCUGAAGAUGUUCACGCUUACACGAAAUUACAAGACUUGUUUCAAUUGCAUAGCCUGCACUCAGACAUUGUCCGCAUACGCAAGUUUAAACGGAACGAAGAUUAUCGUAUCUUAUGGAAAAGUAUAAAAGGUGAAAGGAGAAUUGUUUUAGAUUGCAACCCGAAUAUUUUAUUGGACCUAUUAAAAGCUGCGGUGCCAUUUGACCUUACCGGUCAAUUCAAUCAUUUGUUUCUAACGAAUCUGGAUACGCAUAGCAGUGAAAUUAAAAGUUUUCGUGAUAAUCCCGCAUAUGCCAUGAACGUUACCGCUGUACGGUUAAAGCUAAACGAUGGCUUUUAUAAACACUCAAUCGCACACAAAAGAGCGAUUGCUAAUAUCAAGUUCCAUCGACAGCCCUUGAAGGUAACUCUCAUACACGAUGCUCUAAUGUUGUAUGGAAUUGCUUUGAAAAAUAUUACUACGAAUUAUCCAACUACUCAACGUUAUGUCAACUGCGAUUACAAUGAAUACAAUUCUACAUAUUCCUCUCCCGCGGGUAGUUACAUUUACAACUCAAUGACAAAUAUAAGCCCUCUUGACGAAGUUCACUUUCGUUCGGGAUCGAUGCUAUUUGAUGAUAAUGGACAACGUACUGGUUUUGAGAUCGAAAUGUAUGAACCUCUUAACGACUAUGGCACAGCAUUUUGGAACACGAAAGGUCAAAUUACACAACAACAUAUAGGAGCAAAUGUGUUGAAGAAAAUUGUGUAUCGAGUUGCAACCCGCAUCGGGGAACCGUACUUUAUGGAAAAUUUGACUGCAAAGACAGAAAACGUUACUCAUAACAGGCGAUAUAUGGGUUAUGCGGUAGAUCUCAUAGAGGCAUUAUCUAAAGAAAUCGGUUUUGAGUAUAUUUUCGUACCAGUAGCUGAUAAUGGCUAUGGAAAGUACAAUAAAGAAACGAAACAAUGGAAUGGAAUAAUAGGAGAACUUAUAAACAAUGAUGCUCAUAUGGGUAUUUGUGAUCUUACAAUAACGCAGGCUCGCAAAACUGUAGUCGAUUUUACAGUUCCCUUUAUGCAAUUGGGUAUCAGCAUAUUGGCCUAUCAAAAACCUACGGAGUCGAAAGCCUGGAGUGCUUUUUUGGAUCCGUUUACUGUCGAUGUAUGGAUCUACGUUAUGAUAUCAAUAUUCAUUAUAGCCCUUCUUUUCAUUUUUAUGGCUCGAAUUUCAAGGGAUGAAUGGGAAAACCCUCAUCCUUGUAACAAAGAUCCGAUUUGUCUGGAAAAUAAAUGGAACAUAUCUAAUAGCUUCUGGUUAACUAUGGGCUCAAUAAUGACGGCUGGCAGUGAUAUUUUACCAUGCAGUGCAUCUAUGCGUACCUUUAACGCGAUGUGGUGGAUUUUUGCUGUCAUCAUCGCUAACUCGUAUACAGCAAAUUUAGCCGCUUUUCUAACCAACAGUAAAAUGGAAGGGUCUAUUAGCGGAAUACAAGACUUGGCCGAGCAAACAAAAGUGAAAUUCGGAACAAUGGAAGGCGGUAGCACCUUUACGUUUUUCUCCGAAUCAAACGAAACUACCUACAGGUUAGCGUACAACUUGAUGCAAAAUAAUGAUCCACCUGCAUACACUAAAGACAAUAAAGAAGGUGUUGAUAGGGUGUUGAAGAAUAACGGUUCCUAUAUGUUCCUAAUGGAAACUACAAGUUUAGAAUACAACACCGAAAGAAAUUGUAAAUUAAAAAUGUUAGGUGAAAAAUUCGGCGAAAAGCACUACGCUAUAGCUGUUCCAUUUGGCGCUGAAUAUCGUUCGAAUCUAAGUGUUGCUAUUCUGAAGUUAAGCGAAAGGGGUGAACUGUUUCAAUUGAAAAAUAAAUGGUGGAAAAAUCAUAACAACACCUGUCACGAAGGUGUUCAAACGGACGCUUCCGAAACUCCCGAUAUGACAUUUUCUGAAGUUCGAGGCAUUUUUUACACACUUGGCGUAGGGGUAAUCAUAGCUUACACCGUUGGUAUUUUUGAAUUCCUGAUUUACACGCAGAAGGUUGCUGCUGCAGAAAAACUUACUUUUAAAAAAGCAUUUUUGAAAGAAAUUAUAUUUGUCCUUUGCGUUUGGAACAAUAAGAAGCCGCUUAAGUUGGCGUCAUCGAAUAGUUCAAAAACAACUUCACCCAACGCUCCAUAGUCUUUUUCAUAUAAUUAUCGAGAACGAAGGCUGGUAAAGUUGAUAUACGUCUACGUUCUCUACGUGUUGUUCAUUGCUUGAGAUCACGACGAUUACAACUCCAAGAUCACUUUACCUGGCAGAAUAAAAUUAGUCUUAAGUUUGUUCUCCAUUUUUGGAUGAAGUUCAAAAAUUCAUUAAAUCGGUUCGUGCCAACAGUUAAUCAAAAAGUAAAAAAUGUUCACUUUAUCUUAAAUCGUAAUAUCGAACUUGACCUUAAGUUUGGCUUCUAUCCUUAAAAAUUACUUACACCGAUCCUUAGAUUUCCUCGCAUCCACCGAAGAAUCAAAUAAACCUAUGGUGUAGGAUAAACGAUCUUAGGAUGAUUACACGGUUCAUAGAUUUUUUUCAUAGGUUCAUAGGUUCUUUUGUCAGACAAGCGAAUUUUAGUUUCUUCACAUUGCCAGUGUUUUAUUCACUUUAUAUCCCGCACCAUUUAUCGUAUUGAAGUGUUGUAAGUUUACGCAGAUAUAUGUAACACUGAAAAGAGCUCCAUGUGCAUUCAUUACACCUAUCGAUUAAGAAUCAUUUUCUGAACCGAUUUAACAUUGUCUGUCCAUCUGUCUGUCCAUGACCAUGUAUUUUUAUGUUCAAUCAAAUGAUGCAACUUUUGAGAUACUUUGAGACGAAAUUUGAUGCACCGACGUGUUUUGGAGCUAGUCCUAUUGAAAAUGGGUUUGAUCAGAUCACUUUUGCAGCCAAACACCGCUUAACGUCUUACUUUAAAAAUUGCAAUUUUCAAAAUUUCUCAAUAAAAACCUAAGCUAAUUAAUAGCACUCCGACAUUUUAAACGA